GUUUCAGAACUGUCAGAGUACCGUGUCCGUAGCCUGCUUGGCCAACGAUUUAGUUUUGCCAAAGUUCGUGCAAGGGACCCGCACAGAAACCCAGGUAAAUAUUCAAGAAAAUAGUUCAUAUGUGGUAAUUAUAUGAAGCACCGUAUUUGUUGGGUAGCCAGCCGUCCGCGCUCAUCAUAAACUCAUUAUAAACUCUGGAUUGGUGAUCCAAAGAAGUUCGCAUAAAUGGUGAAGGGAGAAAUUUAAAAACAGAGUAAAUGAAAUUAAUAAAGUAAUAAUUAUAAUAGUUCUGAGGUAUUCAAGUCAAGUAAGGAGUGCUUGCAUGCUUGAGUUAAGUUUUCGAGCUUAAUUUUUCACUAAUACAGUGAGGCAUUACUACAAAACGCGUAUCACAAAUCCUAUAAAAUACUGUACUAGUGCAAAUCAUGGCAAAUACAUAAUGUAAUAUUCCACAAUAUCUAUGACCCAUUAGGGCUACAACCCCCUGGGGCUUUAUAACCAACCAAUAACGGCAUUAUAUAUCAAGUGCCUAAGCUCUUGUGAUUAGUUAGUAUGAUGGAUGACCUAACGAUUACUGGACUUCACGAUACCUUCACAUAACUAACUGGGCAGUGCACAGUUAGUUGAUAUGUGCAUAUUUGCACCUGCCACUGGGUCAAGACUAGCCUCUAGACUCUUUUUACAAUGAUAUAUAUCUUUCCAAGUCGCUUUUGUUGUUUUUACAAAAGCGACUUGGAAAGAUAUACAUCCUUGUAAAUACAAAAUAUGUCAAUUAAUGCAAAAAUAAUUGAGGUUUUGAUGCCCUGAAUGAACCUACCAUUAGCGGCCUGUUGAGAGGCGGAGGGAAGGCAGGAGGGGGGAGGGGUGGGGAGGGGAUAAGAGUAGAGCUUUACUCAAGCUUGGACGUUGUGCUGCAGGGCUCAAAAUAACACCCGGCCAACAGACAAUGUCCGGCCAAAAUAAUCGUUACAGUCAAACCUCUCGGUACGGGCACCUCUAUAAAACGGACACCUCUCUAUUACGGACAGUUCGUUUGGUCCCAGAAAUGCCAAAAAUAUGAUACUUUGCCUACCUCUAUAAUACGGACACCUCUGUAAAGCGGACACUUGUAAUUGGUUCUGUCCCUUUGGUGUCCGUAUUAAUAAGGAUUAACUGUAUUCGCAUAAUACAUGUACAUUUCUAUUGUUUUCCUUCAUUACCACCAUCACCUCUACAUUUCUAUUGUUCUCUCUCCAGCACCACAUUUCUAUUGUUUUCCCUCCACCACCACCACCGCUACCACCACAUUUCGAUUGUUUCUCUUCACAGCCGCCACCACCACCACAUUUCUAUUGUUUUCCCUCCACCAUGACCACCAUACAGUCAAACCUCUUUAAUACGGACACCAAAGGGACAGAACCAAGUGUCCACUUUACAGAAGUGUCCGUAUUAUAGAGGUAGGCAAUGUAUGAUACCCUAUUUGGCAUUUCUGGGACCAAACGAACUGUCCGUAAUAGAGACGUGUCCGUACCGAGAGGUUUGAUUGACUGUAUUUCUUUUGUUUUCCCAUGUUUAACCAAUGAAAACGUUUCUUAUUUUCUAAUCACCCAACCGAAAACCAAGGUAUUUAUCGACCUUGAAGUAACUAGAAAACCUGUCAAACCGGUUAAAACACCUUAAAAUAGCACACGACCUUAUCUUAAUUAGAUUCCGCAGCAUUAUAUUCAUGAGAUAAAGACAAGAAGCUAUGACGCCAUGGGCGUUAAUAUAUUCCUACGCAAGUUAAUGAGAUUCCUGCGCAUAAAAGGGGUUUAUUAAUUAAUUCGGUGCGCCCUAUACGACUUAAAGUGAUUCCUUAGCAAAAGAAUCUAACAUAGAUUGUAGAUGAAACUUGGCACACUGAUUUAACAAGUCAAGGAGAUGAUAAAAAUGCAAUAAAAAGUGGGGGUCACCGUGCUCGUUUUCACGUCACAAUGCUGACAAUUACGGCUAUUUAGGACCCUUUGGUAAAAACCGCGCGCAGCCCAGAGCUAGACAAAAAGGAUAUAUUUUUUCGAUGAUGCAUGUGGUCUCGCACAGAAUUUGAGUUAGCCUGUGAACAGGCCUUUGGUCGAGCGGGGAACUGGGAAGAGGGAAAAGCGAAAAGGGCUCUCUCCUCCCUCCCUUUCCUCGCUAUUUUUUCCCCAAACAGAGAGCCUGUUCACAGGCUAAAUUUGAGUUAAGUGUAUUGUUUAUCGACUUACUUACGUACAAGAAAAAUGCCUUUUAAUGCCCUUGUUUUUACUUUACGCUCCAAAGUAGCUGACUUAAUUUGGACACGCGCUAAUCGACCCGUUAUAGCUCAAUCCGUACAAUUUAGUAGAAUUGCCAAAAACCUGAACAUAGAUUUAUGCCCAUUUUUACUCAUUGAAAGGAAGCACUGUUCCUAUCAAAAUCAUGAAAUAAAAAAUAGGGGUCAUCGCACUCGUUUUUGCGAUAGAGCUGCAGAAAGUGCCCCCAAAUGCAUUUCCUCCGAUUUUUGAGCGAGGACUGGGGUGAGUUUUAAAAUGGCAUGUAUGAAAGGAAGGGGGAAGAAAGCAUUAAAAAAUCGUUUUAUACAGAAUUUACAUCAACAUAUCACAGUUAGGACGCAAUGUGAUAAAGAUGGCACUAAAAUGAAAUUAAAUCAAAGUGAGUUAGCACAAGUCUAACAUACACUAUCAAGGUUCUCCUGAGGAAGUCGAACUCACAUUCCCAACAAACAAAGUCUCAUCUCGGCAAGAAACAACCGCAAGCGAAAAUUCCAAAAGCGUUUCUCUUCAGUCAACUUCAUUUUAAUAAUGUUACUUCUGAUGCUCUUUUUCACGGCGGCAAUCUUGUUAUGCGCAGUAAGAAAUGCGCAGUGAAUAACCAGCGACUUACGUCAGUUUAACCAUCUGAAAAUACAUGUACAUUGAACAAUUAUUCCAGCCACUAUUCACCUCGAUUUCAAAGAAUAAUUGUUUUAGUAUAUACACACGAAGUGAUCUCAACAAAAUCAGAGAGGAAACCAUUAAAACGGUACGAUUUAAAUAAAAAAAUAAAUAAAUAAAUAACGAUUGCAGGUAGCACAUCCACAAAGUGGUUCUUCGUCUACCUGAUUCCUGGUCGAAUUGGAAUUUGGAAAUGUUAGUUUUUGAGGAGAGGGAAAACCGGAGUACCCGGAGAAAAACCUCUCGGAGCAAGGGAGAGAACCAACAACAAACUCAACCCACAUAUGGCGUCGACGCCGGGAUUUGAACCCGGGCCACAUUGGUGGGAGGCGAGUGCUCUCACCACUGCGCCACCAUUGCUCCCGAUUUGAUUGACAGAUCAAAUCACGCGAAAGUUUAAAAAUAGAUCUUUGUAGAAUGUUCAGACAUGACAAUUCACAAGUUUAUCAUUUCGCAAACAACAGCGUAAUGGCUUAAAUGGAACCGCUGAAAGUUUGAACUGUUUCCUUACCUGAGAAGAAAAGUAGAGCUUUAUUGUUUUCUGUUGACUCUCCAAGUUUAUAGCCAAAAGGGUUUAUUGUAUCUUUCUUCGCAUGAAAUGCUGACGACAAAAAUGGCGGCUCAGUUGCUCGAGGUAAGACGUCGUCUUCCUGUAUCAUUCUUUUUCCUGUUUACUUGAAACGUAGAAUUACUACAAACAUUUCCUUUUAAAUUUGUUUGUCAUAAAUAAACUUCGAUUUUUGAGCCAAAGUUUUCUGUUAGAAAACGCUGAGUUCACGAAACAGCUUCUUCUACGCGAAUACACGGGAGUUGUAAACAAUCCAUCGAGCACAAACCUCACCUACAGUAAACUGAAAAACGCCGUAUUGAAUCCUUCCAAGUCUUUUCUUGCCUUAAAAAAGUCAACCCUAGGAUUUUGUCCACUUUUAAAAGAUCUUUCUCUAAAAAAAAAUGGGAAAAACACCGAGCUCACACAUUAUCCACUCGCUAGGAGGUGACUAUUGUUGAAUAGUCCGAGAUAACGAACCAAUCAGAUUGCUUAAAUCACCAAGAUCACUGAGUGUGUAUGUACUAAUAUAUGUUAGCUGUCUGCGGUCACAAAUUUGGAGAAUGCAGUACAGACGUUCACAUUCUACGGUUUUGUGAAUGCCACUUUGCGGCUGCUAACUGUAUUAAGUUUAGAAACAUCACAACACGGUUUUUUCACUAAAAAUAAUGUAUCGAGUUUUGAUUGGCCGUUUUACUGGCAGCCCCGCGUUACAAGCUUUAUAUCGAGUGCCUCUUGCGAGGCAACACGACGAGCUGGAAAGAAAGCGUUGCAAAUGGGAAAUGUGCUCGCUCGCGUGGAAAUGAGCUGCAAUUUAUUUCAUACAAACUGUAACUGAAUGACGCAUAAAAGAGGAAAGAUAUUUCUCAAUUAGUUUAUUCUGAUUUUUCUAUUGCUGUGCUUUGACAUAUUAAGGUAUCAUCCAGGGUAAAAAAUCAUCAUUUUUCUAGAUUUGCAAUUUUUUGACGACUGAAUAAAGCUCAUCAAGAGCUUUCUUUUAAAAAAAAUUCCAGGAAAAAAUGUUUAUUCUGUGCAGACUUAUGGAGCGCAAAAGUUUGGCAGUUGAUAAAGGCUGGAUACGAGUUUUUUCUCGUAUCUUUGACUUGAAAUACUUUCUGAAAUAAUCUACUGAUACCUGGCCUCCGUUGUUCAAAGGAUGGAUACCGCUAUCCACCGGAUAAAUCUCUAUCCAGUGGAUAGUGCAAUUAGUUUCCCCAAUACGUAUCCGCUAGAUAGUGAUUUAUCCGGUGGAUAGCGCUAUCCAACGUUUGAACAACCGGGGCCUGAUGUUCUUCCUUGGGCACAUUUUUUACUAGAUCCCAAUCAAACAUGGAGUACACUUUGGAACAAUUAAACUAUUUUAGAGCAUGUUACAUCGCCUUCAACUUAGUUCCCCAAGGGCUUCGAAAAGUCUUCAAACGAGAGUGGGAUUUCCUUUACAAGACAACUCCGUUUGGGGAAUGGAAAGAUAUUUCACAAAAUGGCCGCGAUUUCUACAAUAAAGAAUCACGAAAGAGUCACACAAAGAAUGCGCGACUUUUGGCGACAAUACAAAGGGGAAACACAGCUGAGUGGGAUUGCAGUUGCCUAUUUCUUGCUAUUUUGUACUCGGAUUGCAUUGGCAGUACUCUUAGUCCAGCAGUCAGAAAAGAAGUUGACGAUCUCAGACAAGUUCGAAAUGAUGUCGCUCACUUGAACGAGGUUGAACUUACUGAUGCUGAAUUCCAUAAUUAUGUAGCAAGAGUGUUAGCUGCUUUUAAUUCACUGAAGCUUCCGAUAAAUGAAGUUGAUGAUAUAAAAAACCAGACAGACUUUCCAACAGCUCGAGUAAACAGCCUUAAAAUGCAGGCUGAUAAUCUUAAAGCUGAGUUGAAAACCAAAGAACAAGAAAACAAAAAUCUAACCUCGGAAUUACAAUCGAUCCAAGCCACAUUACAGACAAAACAGGAAGAAGUAGAAACACUUACUCAGGAAAUCAAUUCCAAAGUCGGCUCUUUCUGUACUCUGACAUUCAAGCCAUCACAUAAAAUCAUCAAACGAUCAACUGAUGUCAAAAGAAUCAUGAAAAAACUGGACGAGCUUUACAACGAAAGUAAUGGAGCCAUCAGCACUAUUUAUCUAUCAGGAAUACCAGGCUGCGGAAAAAGCCAAUUGGCUCGACAACUGGGACAGGACAUUUUCGAUAGGAGGUUGCAUGAGAACGACAGUCUUACGUUUGUUGCAACCCUAAAUACAGAAACCCUGGAUUCACUCGUAGAGUCCUAUUCAAGGCUGGCAAGACAUUUGGGAAUAACAGAAUACACUCUGACCAACCUCGAGACGUCUACAAAGGGGAACCCAAGAGAAAAAAUCCAGUAUCUGAAGCGAGUCAUUUAUCCAAAGACAAAGCAGUUUUCCAAUUGGCUGAUAAUUGCAGAUAAUGUUGUUGACCUAUCAUUGGUUUGUAGGGAUCUGCCUCCGACCGGUAGUGAAGAAUGGGGCCAUGGUCAGGUGCUAAUAACUACUCAAGAUAGCGGCUCAAUACCCUCCAAUGCUCCACUUACUUACCAUGAGUCUCUUAGCAAUGGAAUGCAUCCCGAUGACGCAGUGAACCUAUUACGACAAGUAUCUCAGAUUCAGGAUCAGAACCAAGAUGAAAAAGUCGCUGAAGUUCUUGAGUAUCAGCCACUUGCUUUAGCAGCCGCUGCCUUUUAUGUACAAACCAUUGUGGUUAGUGGUUCUCCGAACUACCACUGGAAAGACUACUUGGAAGCACUUUCCCACGGCGAACGUGAAGCGACAGAAAAACUUCUUGCAAAUCAGAACAUAGCGUAUUCCAAAACAACAACUACUGCUAUUCAAAUGGCAAUUAUGAGAGCUUUAGAAAGUGAUGACGUUCUUCGAGAAGUAUUGUAUUUGUUUUCUCUAAGCGCACCUGAGUCUCUUCCGAUGGAAGUUGCUGUUGACUUCGUUAAAUUACGUAUCAAUGGGGAAACAGAAGAAUUGAUCAAAACUAAACUUUUCAAAGCCUCCUUAUUGUCCUGUUCACACGACAAAGACAGCUCAUAUACCUUUAUAAGGAUGCACAACAUCGUUCAUGAAGUGCUCAAGGCAGUUAUAACAUCUAAAAUUGACCCAACAGAUAGAGUUGAGUGCAUUUCUGAUGUUAUCAAGAUCUUUCACUCUUUCAUGGAGGAGAACAUAAAUCGGUUACAUUCAAGUACGCAUGUGUUUGCUAAGUUACGUGUAAUUACGAGUCACUGUAAAGUAUUACACGUAAUUGUUAACACCGAUUUCACUAAAUCAAAAGUAUUCCUAAAUUCAAUCAACCCUGGAAAGUUAGUUUCGUGGCUUUCUCUAGCCGCUGAUGUUUGCUGUGACCUUAGUAACCCGUCGGAUGCAUGUCUUUUUGGUACGUCAAUCUGUAAUUUUAUACAUUUUCUUAAUGAUUUCAAGGAAGACAAAGUGUUAAGAGCGAACAUAUACAGCACACAAGGAAAUGUUUACAGAGACCUUGGCCAGUACAGCGAAGCUAAAGAAUACUAUGAGAAGGGUCUCAUCAUUAGAAAAGAGAUUUACGGUGAAAAGCAUGGUGACGUAGCAGCAAGUUACAACAAUCUGGGAAUUGUUUACAGAAACCUUGGCCAGUACAGUGAAGCUAAAGAAUACUAUGAGAAGGCUCUCAUCAUUAGAAAAGAGAUUUACGGUGAAAAGCAUGGUAAUGUAGCAGCAAGUUACAACAACCUGGGAAUUGUUUACAGAAACUUUGGCCAGUACAGUGAAGCUAAAGAAUACUGUGAGAAGGCUCUCAUCAUUAGAAAAGAGAUUUACGGUGAAAAGCAUGGUGACGUAGCAGCAAGUUACAACAACCUGGGAGCUGUUUACAGUGACCUUGGCCAGUACAGUGAAGCUAAAGAAUACUGUGAGAAGGCUCUCAUCAUUACAAAAGAAAUUUACGGUGAAAAGCAUGGUAACGUAGCAGGAAGUUACAACAACCUGGGAAUAGUUUACAGAAACCUUGGCCAGUACAGUGAAGCUAAAGAAUACUAUGAGAAGGCUCUCAUCAUUAGAAAAGAGAUUUACGGUGAAAAGCAUGGUAACGUAGCAGCAAGUUACAACAACCUGGGAGCUGUUUACAAUGACCUUGGCCAUUACAGUGAAGCUAAAGAAUACUAUGAGAAGGCUCUCAUCAUUACAAAAGAGAUUUACGGUGAAGAGCAUGGUAAUGUAGCAGCAAGUUACAACAACCUGGGAAUUGUUUACAGAAACCUUGGCCAGUACAGUGAAGUUAAAGAAUACUAUGAGAAGGCUCUCAUCAUUACAAAAGAGAUUUACGGUGAAAAGCAUGGUAACGUAGCAGGAAGUUACAACAACCUGGGAAUUGUUUACAGAAACCUUGGCCAGUACAGUGAAGCUAAAGAAUACUUUGAGAAGGCUCUCAUCAUUAGAAAAGAAAUUUACGGUGAUCCACAUGCUUUGACUGAGCGAAAGUUCCGCAACUUAAAGAUAGUUGAUAGGGAAAUA